UUGACAGCGACAGCUGACGCCUGUGUUGAUUUUUGUUGACAGACAACUCUAGAAAUUGUGUGAUAUUUUUCUAUUCGAAAUCCAGGAAAUUGUAACAUGAUAUUUUGUUAAAAACAGUGAAACAACCAUGGCAGACUCUGGAGUAGAUACAAGCAAUGAAAGCAGCGACAACCCAAUAUUUGAUCACUCCCAGUGUACAUUGGAGUUCAAUCCCCCAGCGAUACCGAUCAACCAAGUAGGCCAGGCUAUGCCCGUGGAGUUUUUUGGUGAACCACAUGACCAUAUCGGUAAGAUAAAGUGCUCUACAAAGGCAAGACACUGCAGACUGAACUAUCGUUACGGAGGAGCCGCUUGGAGAAAUCAAAAACUGCGCUUCGCUGCGGGAACAAACAACACAGAACUUGUCGAGAAACUUUUACUUUCUGGAGCGGAGCCCAAUUCGUCAGAUGAAUUUAAAAGGAGUCCACUUCACUUAGCUGCUUGCAGAGGAUAUGUAGAUGUGGUUAGGGUACUCCUGAGACAUGGUGCUAACCCUAAUAUAAAGGAUACUCUGGGGAAUACACCCCUUCAUCUUGCUGCGUGCACGAAUCACAUACCAGUUGUAAUAGAAUUGCUCGAUGCUGGCACUGAUGUCAGUUCCAACGACAAGAAUGGUCGCAACCCAAUACAGCUGGCUCAAAGCAAGCUGAAACUGAUUCAAAUGCGUCCCAGCGGUGCUGGGCAUUUUGAGGAGACUAGGCAGCUUAUUGGCGAGAUUUGUUUGGUUGUUGAAAUGAUGCUGAAGUAUAUGAAAAUCCAGAAAGCCGAUGCGGGAGAACUGGAGUCGGUGCGGCUGAGACUGGAGCAGGUCAGCACCCGGGAACAAGUUGACUCCGAAGUACAAAACCUACUCGACAGUCUUGACUGUCUAAAGCUGAGAUAACUUUGUUGAACUUUGUGAUCGUUUGCAUUACUAGGUAGAUAAAUAUAUUUUAAAGACUGUUCAUAUUUGUAACUGCCUAUUUAUAAGAGUUCACAAUUUAUUAGUAUGUAAGAAAGAACUAGUUUAAGUUCUCACUAAAAUUUUAUUCAUUGUAAGUUUCAAGGGUUUGAUUUAAAAGUUAUAUGCACUAAGACAAAUGUUAUGCUUAUUGCUAGAAUAAGCACAUGUCAAUUUGACUUAGCAUUUUACUGACCCUUUAGAAUUUUAAGUAAAUGGUUUUAGGCAGAAAAUAGUUUUAUUGUCUCAUUGUAAGAAACACAUCUAAUCACAUGUUGAUUUCGCAUAAUAAAGAUUUUUGAUUCGCA